AUGCAAGAAGCUCACUCACUUGCGUUCAAGUCUGCUACGAAGAGUGCCAUGAGAGGGAAAAUAAAUUAUGACAAACGAAUGAGAUCAUCAGCGCUGCAAGUGGGAGACCGUGUCCUGGUGCGCAACCUUACUCCUCGUGGUGGACCCGGAAAACUCCGUUCCUUUUGGGAAGAUAAGAUUCAUGUAGUCGUUGCGAGAAAGGGUGAGGGAAGCCCAGUGUAUGAUGUGAGACCAGAAUCAAGUCAAGGACCAAACCGUAAUCUACAUCGAAACCUCUUACUUCCUUGUGAUUAUCUGCCAGGGAAACCAUGGGAAGACCCCCCUCCUAUAAAGAGGACAAGACCAGCAACACCCCACCAUUGUCAUGAAAUCCAGCCAUUAAGACAUGAAGAUGACAGCCACGAAAAUGACAGCGAUGAUGAUCUUCCAGCCAUUUCAUACUGUAACCAUUCACCAGAAAAUGACCCAAUGCAGAUGCAGGUACAGUCUACAAGGGAGAAAACGGUGGAAGAAGAACCAGACUUCACACAUGUGCAUUCAGGUGAGGUGUCAAGUGAAAUGUGCACGGGAGCUAACAUUGCUGACACUCCUGAUGAGGCACAGUUGAAUGAAGACCCUCAAGCUGUCAGUGGGGAGGUGGACAAUCGUGAGGAUACCAACAACUCAGGUCGACCCCAACGUGUGAGGCAGGCACCUAAAUGA